CCGCAGUCCACCACCACUGCAGGAUGAGAUGUCCGGCCCAACGAGCCCAUGACUCUUCACGCUUAGUAUAAUCCCCACCGUCCACCACUGUGACUCUUCACGCAGUUAGGGUUUUCGCGCCGCCGCCGCCGCCGCUUCUUCGUCUCCACCGCAAAGAUGCCGUCGCACAAGACCUUCCGGAUCAAGAAGAAGCUGGCCAAGAAGAUGCGCCAGAACCGCCCCAUCCCCUACUGGAUCCGCAUGCGCACCGACAACACCAUCAGGUACAACGCGAAGCGCAGGCACUGGCGCCGCACCAAGCUUGGCUUCUGAGCGAGGGGAUGGACCUGCUACUGCGUCGGAAGGCUAGGGUUUAAGAGCUAUCUUCCUUAUGUUUUAUGGGUGAUUCAGUGUUUCUGAAAGCUAGGAAGUGAUUCCAGGAUGCUUUUAUUAAGAUUUUGGUGAUGUUAAGAGAGUUGGUAGUACUCUGGUGUAAUCUGGAUACCUUUCAUUGCUAUGCUAAGUAAAGAACCCUUGUUACCUUAUAUUUGUAGUGGUGCAGUUAUUUCU